AUGAUCUUCCCUGUAGCAACCCAGCUAGGUAUUGCAACCCGAAUAACCAUCUACCAGGUUCGCUGCGAUCGAGUCAUUCCGCGGUGUACCAAUUGUGAGAAAGUCACAGCCGAGUGUAUCUACACGUCUCGGAAAUCCCGACCCAAGAAACCCAGAAAUCCUCCAGUCAAGGAAAAUCUGUUUUCAGAUAUCCUCGGCCGUCUUGACCGUCUUGAAAAACAUUGCUCUUUGCCGAGUACUUCAGUCGGUUCAGACGCCUCUCAGACACCACCGCUGAGCGAAGAUCCGCCACCAAUAGCCCCCUCGCCGAUUCAAAAUCUUGUUAACAGUAUCAAAGAUGAAGAUGCUCGACACUCCCUUCUCUCCAACGUUUUCUGUUGCCUGAAACAUCUUAAUUCGUGCUUUUUCACUAGUCGAUCUAUCCGCGCGAUCACCUCCGCUAUAUCGGAGAUCGAAUCUCUGCAGAAUCCGAAAAGCGUCGAGCUGCUGGGGGACCCCGACAUCUCGAAAACCGUCGAUAUUCUAACUCUUUUAGACCACUAUGGCCGUUACCAAUUCGAAGGCUUCCAGUACCCUCUCAAGAAAGACUUCUUGGCUGCAAUCCCUGACUUAAUCGAUAACCCUCACAUUCAGCUAGAUUAUACGUCUCAAAUAAUAUACUACUCAAUUCUGCUCCGGGCCUGUAUGAUGGACGCCGAGGCACACCCAAGAAGAGGCAACUUAAUCCAAACGCUCUAUUCGAAGUGCGUUGCAUUAAGCGACGGAUGGAUGGAGAAUAUCCAGGACACCCCUACCGACCUCUUAGCCGUUUCUCUGAUGAUAUCAAUAGCGCUCGAAGGCUGCAAUGUAAAUCUAGCCUGGAAAGCCUUCAGUCAUUCAUGCAGAGUGGCAAAGGCCCUCGGCUACUUCUCCGUGGACGAAUUCUCAAGUGCAGAGAACGAUCAACAGUCCAUCCCAGUCGGUACAGCCGCACCAGAAGCCGAGGUCGAGCGAAACCGCAAACGCUUCGGAUUCUGGCAUAUCCUUCGUACAGACUGUAUUUUUCGCAUGUCUUUCGGCAAACCUGCUCUUAUUCCUGCAGGAUCGUGGAAGGUUGAUUUCCCCGACCCGACAAUUAAUGGCGUGGACGAUGGAAAGUCAAAUUUCAUACAGAUUCACUUUAUUUCUUCGAUGAGGCUUGCUUUCACUGUGAUGAGGUAUCUCGAUUGGAUUGAGAGCGAUGCCCAACUGGAUGCAGCUUCGCACGAUACUAUCAUUGAUGGUUAUAGCGAUGAGGUGCAGUCUAUUUUGUCGGAUUGGGAUAUGGUACGUUAUGCUUCAAAUAAGGAGAGCCUUCUUCGAAUGGCGACAGAGCAUAUCGAUAUCUGGCUCUGUGUCGACGUGCUGUUCAACAGCUAUACGAUGCUUAUUGUGCUGCAUCAAUCAAAGAAGUGUGAUCAGGGUGAUAGUCUACCAUAUCCGGCCAUUGAUCUGGCCAGAAAAUCAGUGAAGACCUUCCAGACACUCCUAGAAUGCUCAUCGCAAUGGGGAAUUAGGUAUGCAGACUCUCGUUCCCCUUCCACGAAUCCGUUGCGUAAGUCGCUAAAGCACGCCCUUAGUCUCAUCUUACUGUACCAGUUCAUCCCCUUCUUCAUCCUUUGUUUAAACAUUCUUGGAAAUCCCGCAUGUGAAUACCUCGAUGAAGAUCUCAUGUUGGUGAAAUGGGUAUUCGAAUACGUCGAAGUUGUUGUUCAGGGACGAGUCGAGCUGAAGCCGAUUGCGAUUAUCAUGAAGGCAAUGGUGACUGCGUGUCACCAAACGAAAACAGACCUUCUUGCACGGUCGGGUGCUCUUUUUUGGAUCGUGACCAGAGGCGCUUCCAGGGCUGGGCCCCUUGUACAAUGCCCGAGUCCG